AGGAGAUGACCAGAGACUGCGGACAGUACAGGGAUGACCAGAGACUGCGGACAUAGUACAGGGAUGACCAGAGACUGCGGACGGUACAGGAGAUGACCAGAGACUGUGGACAUAGUACAGGAGAUGACCAGAGACUGCGGACAUAAUACAGGAGAUGACUAGAGACUGCGGACACAGUACAGGAGAUGACCAGAGACUGCAGACAGUACAGGAGAUGACCAGAGACUGCGGACACAGUACAGGAGAUGACCAGAGACUGUGGACACAGUACAGGAGAUGACCAGAGACUGCGGACAAUACAGGAGAUGACCAGAGACUGCGGACAUAGUACAGGAGAUGACCAGAGACUGCGGACAGUACAGGAGAUGACCAGAGACUGCGGACACAGUACAGGAGAUGACCAGAGACUGCGGACAUACUACAGGAGAUGACCAGAGACUGCGGACACGGUACAGG